UUAGUAAACAGGCGGGCGCAUGCGCAAGGACGGUGGUCGGCAAGGGCCUGGUCCUGUCCUAGGCGUCUCGACUCGUCCUCCUAAAGAGGGCUGAGUCCUAGUCUCCAGUUUCCGAUGCCCCCUUCAAGCUUCCUGCACUUCUCACGUUCCUUGAUUAAACUCAGCAGCGUCCCUCAGGCCCCGAGGCUGUGGGGAAAGCACUGUUUCCUGUUGCCUCAGACGUCUGGCGCUUUAUUCCUCCUGGCCAGAAAGAAGAGCUCCGAAGACCUCUCGCCUCUGAAUGAAGCGGACUUGGAAGAGCAGUUUGUGCGGGGGUCGGGGCCCGGAGGCCAGGCGACAAAUAAAACCAGCAACUGUGUGGUCCUGAAGCAUAUUCCUUCGGGGAUUGUAGUCAAGUGUCAUCAAACACGAUCGCUGGAGCAGAACCGCCAGAAAGCCAGAGAAAUCCUGCAGGAGAAAGUGGACGUCUUCUACAAAGGCGAAACCAGCGAGGUCGUGAAGGAGAAAAAGGAGCUGGAGAAGAAGAAGCAAGUAAAGAGGCAGAAGGCGAGGGAGAACCUGGAAAGGAAGAGACGUUUGAAAGAGCUGCGAGCACUGGAGGACAAAUAAGGAGCAUUUGGGCACCUGCUUUUCCCCUGACUACCACACCCCC